UAAACAUUUGCUUUUUGCUUUUAUUUGACUCCAGUAGAUUCGAACUCCGAACCAAUUCACUUUCUAUGACAAUAUAUUUGAAGCAUAUUUUACAUGGGCUAAAACCCUCUGAUAAAUCUUGGAGCUGGAAAAUAGUUCUGCUGAUGUACUCUCGCUGAAGCUGCCAAUUCCAGGCAGUGAGUCGGUGUAGGAGGGCGCAGUUUAAAAUACAGAAAUGAAGCGAAAGGGACACAUAACAGAAGGGGACGUGGCAUUGCUUUUGCGCAGGAUGCUGAUAGCGAUUUGGAUUUUGAGAUUGAGCCCUAUCCUCCUGUUGGUGCUGAGGCUUUGGCAGAGGCCGCAGCUUGUGUAAAGGUAUUUGCUUCAAGAAGUGAGUGGUUGCUAGGAAAGUCUCCUAAGAAUCACAGAUACUGCCGGCUGAUAAAUGCGCACAGUAAUGAACUGAGAUGUUGCAAAUUGAGGACUACUUUGUGAAGGAAUUUGGAGUUCUUUUCAUGUCCAUGUUAUCGUUUGUUUAUUUCAUCAAUAUGCUUUUUCCUUUCCUUGCUGUGAUUUAAUCAGGGUGAUUAAUUGCUAUUGUGAUUUAAUAUCUUGACUAAAGUCCAGAUCCUCUGAUAUGUCAUUUGAGCAGCACCAGUUUCUUCUGGCUUUCAGUGGAUUUGCAGUCACCAAAGUUUUACAUUUUCCACAAUCUUCUGGAUAUUUGGACAUGUUAGCAUAUUUUAAUGAUAUUGCCAGUGGGGAUGGUAGGUCAGUGAUUUGACAGAUCUGAAUGUCAUGUGGAAGCUGCUAUUUGGAAAUUGGGUGAGACCCAGUCGGGUUUUAGAGGCAUCUGGGAUACCAAAAAGUUCUGGUCAACCAAGUCAUUCUGUUGUAGAAGCUCCGUUAACUAUUAACAUACCUAGCUCCACUAGUGUUUCUGAUGUCCACACAAACAAUCAGCAGUCAGUGAUUUCCACACAAGGAAUGAAUAUUACUGUGCCAGUUUCCAUCCAAAAGCAACCUUUUCCAGCUGUACCUUCCUCAGAUGGUAUUGAAGGAAAUGUAUUGAUGAGCUCUGUCCAUCCAAUAAGAAAGAAGAGAAAACUAUGGACUCCAGAGGAGGACAAAGAGCUCAUUGCUGCAGUCCAGAAGUGUGGAGAAGGGAACUGGUCAAGUAUUCUGAAAGGAGCUUUUAAGCAUGAUCGAACAGCAUCUCAGCUGUCACAGAGAUGGUCUCUUAUCAGAAAGCGCCAUGCUGUUUCAAAUCAAAGUAAUCUUGGAAAUUCAAGCACUUUCUCCGGAUCUGUAGAUCUGCCACAUUCUACAGCUCAGGUAGUUCCAGUAACUGGGAGCAUAUCAUCAGGUGCUAGCGUAACUGUGACUGCUGGUCCAACAAUGGCUGUUACUGGAAAUACAACUGGCACAACAGCUGUAACAAUACCUUCCAGCUCAUUGACACUGCCGACUGCUUCAACUGGGUCAGGGAGCUCUUUAAUCCAUUCAACUGCCGGAGCAGGAUCAGACAGCACUGCAUUGCAGUUAUCUCAAGGUCAUCAAGGCCUAGAGCAAGCACAUCUUCAUGGAAUUGCUGGUUCUUCAAGUGUCUGUGCCACACUUCCCUCUGUAAAGUCUAGACCUAAGAGCAAAAAGCAGGCAGCUAAUAAAUCAAGUACAGGUCGCUUGAUUAGUCCUAUGCCACCUCCGGCCACAACUGCAGCCAUGUCAUCAGUUUCAACACCAGCAAAAACUGCAGUCUCCAUACCUGGUGCCAGCCCUGGUUCUGGAAGAUAUGGGAUCAAUCCAGCCACUCAACCUGGUAUAAGUGAAGCAUUAGGUCAUGGGAGCUCAAUGCCAUUGAGUGGUCCUCAUCCAUUGGUCCAAGCUGCUGCAGUUGCAGCUGGAGCACGAAUAGCUCCUCCAUCAGCUGCUGCCUCUUUGCUUAAAGCCGCACAAUCUGGGAAUGUUGUGCAUUUUGGAGUAGGAGGAAUUCAAUUGGCGAAAUCAGGAUAUGCCACUCAGGCAGGGACUGUAUGUGGAACGGCAGAUAGCAUUAGGUCAAGUAAUGGUUGUAUUAGUAGCAGUGCAAGGGCAUCAUGUGCUGCUGGUAGUAAUAUGAGGGCUUCCAAUGUGCAUUACAUCAGAACUGGAUCAGUCUCAUCUCCACCUGUUUAUACAGGUGGAAUGCCAAGUGUUCAGAGGUUGCCUGCUUCACAACCAAAGGGUCAUACAGUGAAAGCUGCUACAACUGGUCCAUCAAUUCCGCAAUCUUCUAAGGUUAAUCUUCUAACGGGAACGACUUUGCCAUCAAAACAAGCUUCUGAAAGCUGUGGUGCUUCUCAAGCACAAAGCAGUGGUACAUCUCCAUCCAACAUAUCCGUUGUCACUAGCAAAGGAAAUUUGAAGUCUCAAAUUGCCCCAUCUAUUACAGAGGCAUCACAAACUUUUCAAUCAGAUUUACAGUUGAAACCUACAGUGAGUGAUACCAUCUUAUCUGUACCUCCAAUAUUAACUUCCACUUCCAAUCAGAUGUCUACUGAGCAAGUUGCAUCUGUUUUACCCCCAGCUGUUGAAAUCUGUAGUGGAGCAUCAAGUUCUUUAUUGACAUCCAAUUCCCCUUGUCCAGAGAUUGACCCUUGCCAAUUUACUAAUGCCCCUGCUGACAUAAGUUCUGUCCCAACUUUAUCUGAGAAUGUUAUUGUAAAUGACAAUGUAACAAUUCAAGAGGAUAAAAUCAUUGAGCUGAAAAAUAAUUAUUCGUCAUCUACUACGAAUGGAAGUUCCCAACAUCAGGCAUGCUCUGAAAGGCAUACAUCUGGGGAAACAGCAGUUAGAUCUGAAAGGCAUAUGCCCGCGGAAACAGCAGCUAGCUCUGAAAGGCAUAUUGACGGGGAAACAGCAGCUAGCUCUGAAAGGCAUAUUCCCGGGGAAACAGCAGCUAGCUCUGAAUGUGCUGAUGUCAGGGCCACAAUUGAGGUACAUAAUGAGAAUGGAAGUGAAAAGAUUGUAGAAAUUGAAUGUAUGCCAGGAUCACCACCUAUUGCUUCACACCAAAAUGUGUCCAGUUCAGCACAAAAUGAUAUUCUGAUGACACAUCUGUUGUAAAUGGAAGGUAAGGUAGCUUAUGUGAAUUCUUGUUGUUUGCAGAUUGAUGUAAGUUCUAAUAAAAUAUCAUUGUGAAGCUUAUUGAAUAAGCAUCUAUCUUUUCAUGCAAACACCGAUGAAUGGUUGAAGUGAAACAAUGGACUCCCUUGACAUAUGUGACCUAAGAAAAAAAAUUAUUUGUUGCUUUACAGGAAUAAUUUUCACAGUAACUGACUGGUGCAAUAAUUUGUAAAGUAUAAUUUGCACUGGGGAUAUUUAUGUAACACUACUGAUUCCUAUUUUCUUUCUCAAUUUUAAUUCCAUUUGGGAUGUUGUACA